CAAACAUCCGCAUGCUGGGAAUGUACCUGAAGUGGGGCUUCCGGUAUCGCAUGGAGUAUUCACGCCAGCCCCUGCUUCAGAAUAUGGACGAUGGAUCUCAAGUCCCGUCCGUCCUCUAAUGGUCGUUCUUUUCUGUCUUCCACGCGGAGUUGGCUCCCUGGUGGAGGCGAAAGCCCCUCCCCGGAGGACAAGCUCGGUCCGUUGGGACUGAAUACCUUGUCCGCCCCAGCAGACGGCUUCGCAAACGCCGAUCUGAUUUUCGUCCACGGUCUUGGGGGAGGAUCACGAAAGACAUGGACCAAAUCAGGUGACCCGUCACUCUACUGGCCGAAGGAGUGGCUGCCGGACGACGAAGCUUUGCAAGAUGUCAGAAUCCAUAGUUUCGGCUACGACUCGGAUUGGGGCAAAAAGAGCAUUCUGAGCAUUCACGACUUCGCAAAUGGCCUGCUCAAUUCGAUUCUCGAUUGCCCAUUCAUCCCUCGUGACACAAAGGCUCCUCUUGUGUUGGUCGGUCACAGUAUGGGCGGUCUUGUUAUAAAACGAGCAUAUCUCUUGGCGGCAGCAAAGCAGGGCUAUGCGUCGCUAGCAUCCCGAAUUCAGGGCAUACUCUUCCUGGCUACACCCCAUCGAGGAUCCGAUUGUGCUCAGGUUCUUUCAAAACUUCUCAGCUUGACGGGCGGACAGCGGCCUUUUGUCACCGAUCUCAAUCGCAAUUCCGAAGCUCUCCAGUCCAUUAACGAAGAGUUUCCUGACUGUUGCCACAAGCUUCUGCUGUAUUCGUUCUAUGAGACAAUUCCUACAAAUUUCGCUAUCAGAAAGAGCUUUGUUGUGGAGAGAGAUCUGGCAACAAUGGGAUACGCAAACGAACGCAGAGCAUACCUGAAUGCGGACCAUCGCGGCAUUUGCAAGUACAUUUCUCGAAGCGACCCCAACUACCUCAUAUUCAAGAACGCACUUGUUUCAGUCUUGGCUAUCUUGCGAGACCGCUUUACAUCAUCUAGACGAGAGGUUAGCAAAGACCGACGGCGGCAGCUCGCUAUUUUGUUAGGAGUAUCCGAAGCACCUGAGGAUGAUUUCAUGAGUGCGGAUAGUCACCGUAUGGAUGGGUCUCUCGAGUGGUUGAUCCGCAAGGAAAAUUUUCAAGAAUGGGUUCACUAUGCCAACUCGCCGAUUUAUUCUAUCACGGCAAAACCGGCAACAGGCAAAACUAUCUUGAGUGGAAAAGUUAUCGCACACCUCAGAAAACUCGAAAAACGAUGCAGUUUCUACUUCUUCCGGUAUGACACAAAAGAGAAGGCGACCGUCACCUCGUUUCUACUGUCUAUAGCGUGGCAGAUGGCUGACUCUAACGAGAGGAUUCUGAACACUUGUCUCCAAAUUCUUGAGAGAGACGGCCAUUUAAAGAACGACUACCGUACUAUCUGGCGCAAAUUAUUUCUUGACGGUAUUUUCAAGACCCCCUGCGAACACGUUCACUAUUGGGUGAUUGAUGCUUUGGACGAAUGCAAGAACGAGGUAGAAGUCAUUGCUUUGCUUAUGAAGGCGGCCGAGGUAUCUUCCGUACACAUCUUUGUAACUUCUCGGAAUCAAUUCGAAUCUCGUCAAAAAUUAGGCGAGUCCAAAGUCAGAGUGCUCUCUGAAGGCAUUCUUGAGCAAGAUAGCAAGUCCGACAUCACGAUGUAUCUCCAUGCAAAUAUGGAUGCUCUCCCUUCCGUUGAUGGAGAUGGCCGGCAAUCUAUUGUCCGCCAGAUCCUCGAGAAGUCGAGGGGAUGCUUCCUGUGGGUGAGCAUAGUUGUUCAGGAGCUCCGGAAUGUACACACGUCUACGGACAAACAAAGAAUUCUGGACGAGGUUCCUACAGACAUGAAUGAGUUGUAUGCUCGGAUUUUGGACAUCAUGUCAAAAGCCUCUUACGGGAAAGAGCUUGCGAAAGCCAUUCUUACAUGGACAGUGUGCUCUACCCGCCCAUUAAAAGUUCAGGAGCUUCACGAGGCUCUUCAACUGGACCUCAAGGUAUCAAUCGACGGCCUCGAAAAUUCAAUACGGUCCUGUUGUGGGCAACUAGUCGACAUAGAUGCAAACGGCCAGGUACAAAUGACUCAUCUGUCUGCUCGACAAUUUCUUCUCAAUGCCGGCACAAAUUCGGAGUUUUCAAUCAACGAGAGAGACGGCCAUCGUCGCCUAUUGUUGACUGGUUUACGAUACCUCAAUAGUAACCCAAUGAAAGGCCCAAAGCGCAGGAGAUCCAGUGCUAAUAGCAUAUCUGGAGAAGAGUCUGCUUUCGUCAGUUACGCCUCCAAUUCCUUGUGUGAACAUAUAUCACAUGCAACGUCGACUGAUCGAGACGUUUUACUCAGUUUGGCGGGAUUUUUCAGAUCUCCCAGCGUCCUGCACUGGAUUGAGUACAUUGCGAAGCAUUCUGACCAACAACGCUUGGUUGAAGCUGGCAAAGCUCUUGGCACAUUUCUUCAAGACAGUCCCGACCAGACAUCAUCAACAUCUGCAGACGUAGCAUUGCUAAGCUCCUGGGCGACUGAUUUGGUACGACUAGUGAUGCAGUUCGGUAAAAAUCUCGAAGCAUAUCCAGGAUCCAUAUACCAUCUCAUCCCGCCAUUUUGCCCAUCAGCGACUGCUCUGCGUAAGCAAUUCGGCUCAUUAGCUCGUAGUAUUACCGUUCGCGGACUACGGGCCGAGACAUGGGAUGAUUGCCUGGCUACAGUCGUUGACAUGCUUGAACAAUACUCGAGCCUCGCAUGUUCCAAGACGCAAUUCUCAGUUGGAUGUUUUAGUGGUAAAAUAUUCCUCUUUAAACAAACGACUUGUCAAAAUAUUGCUACUCUUGAACAUGGUGAGCCUGUAAGAAUCUUGGUAUUUGGCGAGGUAAAGAACAUACUCGUUUCGGCAGGCUCAAAAUCUAUUUGCGUAUGGGACCUUGAGUCCAAAUCCCGACUGCAUGUGUUCGAAGCACCUCAGCAAUGUAUGGAGCUGUCGCUUGACGAUGAAGACAGACUUCUCCUGGGAGCUUUGAAGGACCAUCGCUUGAAAUUUUGGGAUCUCAACACUGGAGGCCCUCCAGAGGCGGUUGAUUGGACCCGAGGCCUAGAAGCCAUGACAAUUCGACUUUAUCGACGCCCAACUGCCGCCGCGUUUGGCAUCGACUGCGGGCUCUUGGCGGUCAUAUAUAAAGGUCAGGACAUCUUGUUAUGGCGCAUUGCUUCUGAUGAGCUUUUAGCUCUCUAUAGUCGGGAGUCUGGCAUAAUAGCUGAAAGCUUGGGAAGACCGUAUGGCUCAUCUGGAGUACGGUGCCUGAUUUUUGGUAACGCGUCCAAUGCACACCUCCUUGCAUGUGCGUACACAGAUGGAGAACUAGUGCUCUUUGAUACCUCCACUGGUGAGGUCAAAAAACGGAUUGUGGCAUUUGCUCACGUUCUCGCCUGUUCGGCCGAUGGCUGUAUGUUAGCUACGGCUGACCCAGCUGGAACGAUUCAACUUUUCAACUUGGAGACUUUGCAACUAAUUUAUCGAAUUAGUUCUGUUGAACCUGGAAUCCAGAAUCUUGCCUUCAGCCAAGACGGCCUGCGUCUGCUUGACAUCAGAGGGUCGCGGUGCCGGGUUUGGGACUUGACUGAUCUGGUCACGGAGGAUUCGCAGCAAGAAUUUAGAGGUGUUGCGGGUGAUGCCAAAAGCCCACAAGGAACCUCUUCAACACUUUCUGAAAACGCGAUCUUGAUCACAUCAAUCGCAUGUGACGACACUGGCGAAGCGUUCUUUGUCGGCAAAGAAGACGGCUCUGUUCACGUCUACGCUAUUGAUUCGGGCCUGCCUAUUGGAGAGCUUUUCUGCCAUGCCCACGGGGUUUCAAUUGAUUUCCUUCACUUUGAAUACCAAAGCCAGACAAUCAUCAGCGUUGAUGCAUCAAGUAGGACCAUGAUCCAUAGAUUGAUACGUCAAAGUCAUUCUAUGUCAGCGAAUCAGGUCCUGUUUGACUAUCGAACGCAUGUGGCGGUGGGUCAAGUCGUCUGCCAACCUGGACUACAACGCAUUCUUAUCUGUUCGGCCAAGUCUGAUAUGCUUUGGUCUAUAUCAUCGGAUGACAAUACCCUCCUGGCAACCACUUAUUACGAAGACCGUGAGCCAUACCGGUGGACAAACCAUCCACAUAACCGUGAUCAGCUUAUUGUCAUAACGCAUCACAAGGCCCAUAUCCAUGACUGGCAGACAUUACAGAGAAUUACAGGAGAGAGUGGAAUUGAAUUAGAAGGGAAAAUCAUACCCGAACUUUCAAUUCAAUCAAUCACGCCUUGCUUUGACGGCACAGUUCUCGCCACCAUGUUCAGGGAGUCCAAUCAACCAAAUUCAAAAUCGAAGCUCGUGCUCUGGAGCACAUCUGAUUUCACUGCCUUGUCGACUUCCGCAGUUCCGGUUCCAAGUUACCAUGCUUUAUCCGAUGACGCUGAAGUCCUCAUCGGAAAUACUUGCGCUAUAUCUGGACAGUCGCAGCGCUUAGUCUUCCUGCAUGGUAGCCAAUGGGUCUGCGCUGCCGACAAGGAGACCGCCAAAACGAACCGUUUCGUGCGGUACUUUUUCUUCCCCGCAGAUUGGCUGAGCACGAGGAAUGACCUGGAUUUGAGCAUGAAAGUAACCAGGAAUGGAGACCUGUUGCUCGUCAAGGAUGACGAGGUCGCGGUCGUGAGGAGAGGACUACUUACGCCGGAGUUCGUGGAAGGUGGCGGAGGUAGUCUAGCGCCAUCGACAAGGGUACUGGGGCUUGCGCGUAGAGCACCCACGAGUUGAUUCUGAUAUCGCUAGCGAUACCAUGUUUUACGGUCUGAUUCAAGCAAGCUUUGGUUCUCAUGGGAGGGGCUCAAAAAAUAGAAACAACAAGAUCGGGGUUGGGGAUUCUUAUUGGAUUUCGGGAGCAUAGCCUUGUUUUUUGGUCUCACGAUUCUGGAUACUGAUGUUUAUUUUCUCUCACAUAUGGCAUUCUUGCCUGUAUUUUUAUUCUCUCAUUGCUCGGAGUUACUAGACAGAGCACCUCUUGCCGAGGUCCUAAAAGAUCAAAUUAGCAAUGUAUUAAUCCGCGGGACUUGUUCAACUGCAAAUGGCUACUGCUUUGUUUUUGUUUCACUGUACCACUAUUCCAGUCUUGUAGAGGAGAUUUGAGUGAGUGUGUCCUCGUCUGAAAAGUUAAUAGUCAUCCACGGACUGUACCCUCCGAGUUGUGCAAGGUACCUCGUCCCUAGAUCAGGACAUUCUCAACCAUUAUCCCA